GAUGCAAAUGGCUUCUACUGAUGGAUUGCUGAUAUCCCCCUCCGCGGCCACGAAGAUGGAGGCGGAGGAGCUGGCGGCGCAGCGGCGAAUGCAAUGGGAGGUGGAGUUAGCGCGCUUCUUCAAUUUUACGCGGUCCGCCCCUCCGCCCGGUCUCCGGUCCCUCCCGAAGGGCAAGAGAUAUUGCUCCAAUGGAACAUGGAUCUCCUCGGAGUCCUUAGCCACUCUCCUUGUACACAAGCCAAAUCCGCACUCCGCUCCGGUCCUCUCCCUCACCGUUCCAGCAUUAGCAUGCGCUCUUGAGGAACACUACGUUUCAAAUCUCAACUUCUCAUGGCCGCAAGUGUCUUGCGUUCCUCAAUGCCCAGUUAGAGGCAGCAGGGUGGUCUUUGCAAGUUACAUGGAUUCAUUCAUCCAGGCAAGUGAAAUCGUUUUUUCCACUCUCUUGUAAAUUGUUUUCUGUCAAAAAAAAGAAGAAGAAAUCUAAUGGAGUUCCGAAAUCGGUUGUUUUCGAUGUAUAGAAUUUGUUUUUGUAAGCAGGGUUUUCUUUGAGCGUCUACAUAUCUUAGUGGCAUUCAAUUUUCCAGACUGUAUUGGUUUGGACAUUGGUACAACCAAGAUUAUCUGGCCUUAGAUCAUCUAUUCUCACCUGAACAAACUGUUUUCAUUUGCCCCCACGGGCUAGCACAGAUGAUUCAUGUAGGGGUGUUGUUACAGAUAAGUCCAGAGUCGAUUCUUAGUGAAUGUGUAAUGUCCGCUGAUUAUCUCAACCCUCCCUGUAUGUUCUACUGUUGUUAGAUAAAGUUCCCCGUGAUUUAUCCCCUUUCAAAAAAUAUGCCAAGGUGACAGUUUCACCUUUUGUAUGUAGUGUCUAGGAUUUGUUAUCUUAU